AUUCGCUCCUGGACAAGGGUCCACUCAGCUCUAGGGGGACAGCCAAAAGACUACUGGCCCGUAAAACUGUAGGGGUCAGCUCGUGUCCGGGGCUCAGGAACACGCUGUGGUCAUGGUGAAUGAAAGUCUCAACCAGGAGGAAAGCAAUGACAACCCUGCGCCGCCCGAGACAGCAUUCCAGACGGACACCAGCAACUCCACCCAUCCCAGCGUUUCCAUCCACCCCAGCGUCUCAGGCCAUCCCAGCGUCUCCAUCCAUCCUAGCGUCUCAGGCCAUCCCAGCGUCUCCAUUCAUCCCAGUGUCUCGAUCCAUCCUAGCGUCUCCAUUGACCCCAGUGUCUCUGUCCGUCCCAGCAGUUCAGCACCCCCAAGUACCUUUGCUCAGCCCAGUGGCGUGACCCAUCCCAGUAGCUCAGGUCCAGAAGGCAGCAUGAUCAAGGUGAGCAAGCGCCGUUGGGCCGUGGUCCUGGUGUUCAGCUGUUACUCUUUGUGCAACGCCUUCCAGUGGAUCCAGUAUGGCUCCAUCAAUAACAUCUUUAUGACCUUCUAUGGCGUCAGCGCCUUUGCCAUCGACUGGCUGUCCAUGUGUUACAUGCUGACUUACAUCCCUCUGCUCCUGCCUGUGGCCUGGAUGCUGGAGAAAUUUGGUCUUCGCGCCAUCGCUAUCACUGGCUCAGCUCUCAACUGCUUGGGGGCCUGGGUGAAGCUAGGCAGUCUGGAGCCCCACCUCUUUCCAGUCACAGUGGUGGGUCAGAUCAUUUGCUCGGUCGCACAGGUCUUCAUCCUGGGCAUGCCUUCACGCAUUGCUUCGGUCUGGUUCGGGGCUGAUGAAGUCUCAACAGCUUGCUCCGUGGCUGUGUUUGGUAAUCAGCUUGGAAUUGCAAUUGGGUUUUUGGUCCCUCCUGUUCUGGUACCCAACAUCAAAGACCAGGAAAAGCUUGCCUACCACAUCAGCAUCAUGUUCUACAUAAUAGGAGGUGUGGCCACUCUUCUCUUCAUCCUUGUCAUCAUCGUAUUCAAGGAGAAGCCCAAGUAUCCUCCCAGCAGGGCCCAGUCCUUGAGCUAUGCCUUGGCGUCCACUGAUGCUUCAUACUUAAGUUCCAUUGUCCGGCUCUUCAAAAACCUCAACUUUGUGUUGCUGGUCAUCACCUACGGUCUGAAUGCUGGUUCUUUUUAUGCCUUGUCCACUCUGCUGAAUCGAAUGGUGAUAUUGCACUUCCCGGGUGAAGAGGUAAACGCUGGAAGAAUUGGCCUGACCAUCGUCAUUGCAGGGAUGUUUGGAGCUAUGAUCUCAGGCAUCUGGCUGGAUAAGUCCAAAACUUACAAGGAGACAACCCUGGUAGUGUAUAUCAUGACGUUGGUGGGCAUGGUGGUGUACACAUUCACCUUAAACCUGGAGCGCUUAUGGGUGGUAUUCAUCACUGCUGGUACACUGGGCUUCUUCAUGACUGGCUAUCUGCCCCUGGGGUUUGAGUUUGCUGUGGAGCUCACGUACCCAGAAUCUGAAGGCAUGUCAUCUGGCCUCCUCAACGUGUCUGCACAGGUAUUUGGGAUCAUCUUCACCAUCUCCCAAGGCCAGAUUAUUGACAACUAUGGAACCAAGCCUGGGAACAUCUUCCUGUGUGUGUUCCUUGCCCUUGGAUCAGCGCUCACUGCUUUCAUCAAAGCAGAUCUUCGGAGACAGAGGGCAAACAAGGAUGCUCCUGAGACUAAAAUCCAGGAAGAAGAAGAGAGUAAUAUCAGCAAGGCACCCACACCCACCGUCGUGUCAGAGGCUCGUCUCUGAGAGACAGAGAGACAGAGAGACAAAUGAGAGAGAGGUGGCAGAGACUCAGGAACACAGGCACCUCUUGGUUCCGUUUAGCUCUCACUGCCAGCACCCAGAUCUUCAUAGAGAAGCUUCUAGAGGAAGCAGCUGAAGAUCUGACUUGCAAGGCAGUGCUAUGCCUACUGGACCCUACCUGAGAACCUGGAUGGUUUACUUGUGGGAAACCUUACCUCUCUCCAGAUUCAGACUAGAUUUUGGUCCCCUCUCCCUGUUAGGUCUUGGGGCUAAUGUUGGGAGAGGCUAGCAGAGGGUGUUCGAGUCCAUCCUUGUUUGGUCCCUUGCCUUUCCUUAUCCCUUCUCUCAUGGAGAACGCUUGCAAAAUUAUGCCAAGAAAGCCUAUUCAGGAUAUUAACUUUUUCUAAUGUCUUAAGACUUACCCACACGGAGCCUGGUUCUUACUGAGAACAGGCAAGCUGCUCUGCCUCAGGGUCACGAUGAGGAAGCACCAUGGUACAUCCUCCACCAAAGCCCUUCAGUCCACAAAGGCAGCUCUAUCGGGACUCUUGGCCUUGGCCCUCCUGGCCAAACACGGCAGUCUGCCUUCCGACUGUCUUUCCUGAGAGUCGAGGAGACAAAACACCAAUAAACCAGACAAAACCUCUCUUGUAGCCCUGAAGGAGAAAAUGAUUUGAGAGGGCUCCCUGCCCAGGUGCAACAGUGCGGGGUUACCUUGAGUGUCUGUGUAACUCUGAGGUGGUAGCUUGAGCUGGGAUGGGAAGGUUCUUUCUUACCAACGAGGUGCUUGCCCAGGGACUCCAGUGUCCCAGGGCACUCAGAAUGUCUUCAUUGGAUAUUGCACUGGGAAACGCUGCCAUCAGCCCAGCGGCUUGUGGCUCUAAGAAAGUUUGUCUCACUCACUCUCCUCUGACACCCAAGGCUAUCUCUGAGGAAAGAAGCAGAAGGUAGCUGUUAAAAUAGACAUGGUGUCUGUUUCAGGUAAACGUAAUUCUAUGGAUGUUGGGGACCAUGUUUGCACAACCAAAGCCUCUCUCUGCCUCUGCUAGUGAAAUCUGCCAGAUAUUUUACACUGAAAAGGACUCCUUUUAAACAAAUCCCAGUUGACCUCCUUCCUCACCCGGGCUGCUGGUUCUAUUCAUGGCUUUCAUAGUGUCUCCUCCAAGAGAAACUGGCAACUAAUAUCUCCUAUGCCUUGAGCAGCUCUGGUCAAGACCACUGCGUUGUCUGGCCCUGGCCAUGGCCUUAGCAUACCACAAUAGCCAGAUUGCCUGCAGUGUUGGGGUGCCAGGCCAGGGGGGUUCCACUUGUGUGUACAUACAUGUGCGUUUGUGUGUAGAUACAGUGUGAUGGAGGAAGAGUGAGGGAUGGAAGGGAAAGGUGCCUUACUUUAAGUCAAGAGAAAGGUGUUCUUCAACUGUUCGAAAUGGAUGUUUACUCAAUCCAUUUAUUAAAAAAAAAAAAAAAAACAGAAUUUGUACGUCCUGUUUAUAAUACCAGAUAUUUUAAGGCAAUAAAGAUUUUCAAAAUGA